UGUUUGUAAUCUAUGUAUGCUUGUGUUCCCUCAUGUGCUUUAUGUAUCGAUUUGUUGUUAAUAAAAAUAAUAAUAAUAAUACAAUUUUUAAAAAGGGCAUGUUCUAUCAGCACACUAGAACGUGUUGAAAGAUAAAUAAUCAGUAGUAUACGUGACACAAUUAGGUCUCUGGGCCAAGCUUUGCCAAUGUUAUUUGUUUAAUAAGUCAAGUGUAGUAAUGCAGUGCAUUGAUUUUUUUCUAACCAUAAUUUGUAAGAAAACUGAAUAGUGAACAAGUGUGAAGUACAAUUAGUUAGUUGACGGUUUCAUGCCAUAAUCACCAGUCUUUUGAUUUAGUCAAAAUUGGUGACAGAACGUCAGUCUUUAUAGGAUCAUAGUCAAAACAGAACAUCAAGUCUUUAUAGGAUCAUAGUCAAAACACUGAGACCAAUAUGAUUACAACGAAACAGAUACAUAUAGCACACCUUUGAAACAGAAAUACAAUCUAGAUAGGAGCUGACCUUCGUUCCUCCACAGUGGAGGCUGUCCCGGUGUCUAGCUCAAAGUCCAGGUCUGGGUGCCGGUUGACGUGACAGAGUGAGUUGUCUCGUUCCCUCUCUCUCUGUGUGUUUGUGCUUCUCUCAUUCCUCCAGCUGAACUUGGUGGAUCGUCAACGCUGUGUCCCUAGCUGUCCCUCCGCUUCUCUGAACCACAAUGACGCACUGGGCCUCCCUUGCUCUCCUUCUGGUUUUGAGCCUCUCCACCCAGGGGACCCUCUCCCAGGACGCUGAGGAACCUGCACCAGUGGACCCAAGCCAGGCCCCUGUCGACCCCUCCCAGGCAGAGGAUGAGGACGAGUGGGGACUGAACUCCGUUAGGGGAGGCUUUGAAGCCGUCAAUGGAUACUUUGACUCCGUGCUGGAGCUUAUGGGCGGACGCGAUGGAGUGUGCCAGUACCGCUGUCGAUAUGGUAAAGCUGCUCUUCCUCGCCCUGACUACCAGAUGCCAGAGCCCAACGGAUGCAGCGCCUACUUCCUAGGCCUUCCGGUACCCAAUAGUGUUGAUCUGGGUAUCCCUGCCAUGACUAAGUGCUGCAAUCAGCUGGACAUGUGUUACGACACCUGUGGCUCCAACAAGUACCGCUGCGACUCCAAGUUCCGCUGGUGUCUCCACAGCAUCUGCUCUGACCUCAAGAAGAGCCUGGGCUUCAUGUCAAAGGUUGAAGCCUGUGAGACGGUAGCAGACACCCUGUUCAACACAGUCUGGACUCUGGGCUGCAGGCCCUACAUGAACAGCCAGAGGGAAGCCUGCCUCUGUGAAGGAGAGGAGAGGGAUGAGCUUUAAAUUAGGGUUACACACACACACAGCUCUCCUAUUCACCAAGUAAUAUGGGAUGAUACGUCACUCCAAAUGACUGCUGGAGAUUCGACUUGAUUAGGGUUUUUUCAAAAGACUCAUAUUUUGGCUAUUUGUGUAAUUUAUUUGGUGUUUUACUUGGUUUUGUUUAACAGAACAAGUGCUGUAUAUUUGCAACAACUGUUGGGUUUAUUUUUUUUAAAUCUACAAAAAAAUGUGUACUACAAUACAAUCUUGUAUUUGUCUUGAGUUCUGGAAAAUAUGAAUGCCAUGUGCUUCAGACUGCAUCUCUUCCUGAAAACAGGGGAACACAGAACGCACACAAAUCUGAAGUUCAAACUAUACACUAACUAUACAAAUAUACUGUACAUGAAUUUACAAAGAUGAAUGCCAGACAUUAUCUUCUAUUAAAUUCAAAUGUGUUUUA